GAGUCGGGAAAGGCUGCGGCCUAGUCGCACUCUGAAGCCUGCGCCUGGAAAUCGAGGAGUGACUCGAGGCUGAAACUAAGAAGCCUGACGAAAGGCGUCCUCUCGGCUUCCUUUCCAGCGGGGCCCCUGCUCAAGUGUGAAAGCGUAACUACAACAUCAAGAUGUCUGUUAAGGAAGGGAAGGGGUCUGUCCGCAAGUCAAAGCACAUGGCUGUAAAAACAGCUUUGAAUAAUCCAUAUGCCCUCCAGUGGCGCACUCUGGAUAGAGGAGAUAUGCACUUCAUAUUGGGAGCUUUGGAAGGUGUUAUGAAGAGGAUUGGUUUCAAAAAAUUAGAGCUUCGGAGACAGAAGAAACCCUGCUCUGGACAAAAACAGAAGAAAGAACAGUGUUUGUCUACUGGCAAGCUUCAAGAUGAUAAUGAAAGUAAAGAGGUUCAACUACAUGGGUGGACCAACUUGCAAGUCAGGAAGCAGCUUGCUAUUGGGAUCAAUGAAGUAACUAAAGCCUUAGAAAAAGAUGAACUGCUACUUGUGCUUGUGUGCAAGUCUGCCACACCUACCCUGCUCACAUCUCACUUGAUUCCAUUGAGUGUGAGUCGGGCCAUUCCAGCUGGCCAAGUCCCACGCCUCAGUGAAAGACUAGCACCUGUUCUUGGAUUAACAUCUGUCCUAGCACUGGGAUUUAAAAGGAGUGCUGAUGCCUUUGCAGAGGUUGCUGAAAUGAUUAUUCCACGAAUACCUAGUCUGGAGGUUCCAUGGCUUCACCAUGGGAUAAAACAGUCCUUGGGGAGUGAAGAAGAUACUGUUCUAAUGGACUCACCAGCAGUUGAGCUCAUGGAGUCAGGUGAAGAGAAGUCCUCUCUGAAUCAAAAGCGAAAGAGACUGGAUAACAGCAAGCUUGCCUCUCCUAAUGUAGUUCUGCAAGCGCUCAAGGUUAAAAAAGUAGUUCCCAAUCCAAAUAAGAGAAGGAAGCUCCCAAAAACUAAAAAGCGUAUUUUAAAAUAACUGAUUGUGUCACUCAGGUUCUUCCAUUCUUUGUAUGCUUUUAGUAUGCAAUUAUCCACCAGUGAAAAUAAACUAUAUAAUAUUAAAUAUUGACUAGAUUCAUUGACUUGACUAAAAAUUAAACAUAUAUUAUUUUACAAAAUGAUUGUGCUGAGACUGCUAAAAUAUACAGGAUUACAGGCCACAUGUUUAGUUGGUAUCUAGUAAUAAAGUGGCAUUUUAGAUGAAACAAUUAUUCAAAACAAAAUUGUAUGAAAAUGGCAUAUUUAUUCAAGCAUCCAUCUGUGCUGAUUCAAGAUUCAAUAGCUGGUCAUCUGUUAGAUGCUAGAAUUGCAAAUACCCUAUCUGCAAACUUAAGAGCACAGUAUCUCCCCACCCCUCUUCUUUUAAUAUUCUUCUCACUAUUGGUUAUUUGCAAUUGUGGUCAAAUAAUAACAUGCAGAACUGACCCUAAGUGCAUUUUGCCUUUAAGGUAAAAAAAGGUUUUCUUUACCUUGUCAAAUCAAUCCUGCAGGAAGAAAAUCAUUUGAAAUUUGGUCUUUUGGAUGCAAAUCACAACAUCCAAGCAUAUCCCACAAUGCAAUUUCCUAAACAGCGAUUACAGCUCUAAUUUGUUCAGAUUAAUAUCACAUGCUAUUAAAUUGAAGAACUAAAAUUGCUUCUCUGCAAUUAAAAUGAUAGUGGAGCUUAAAUAUUUGUUCAGAGUUUAUACUUGCAUCAGAAAGCUGCUAUAGUAUAAAUAUUGAAAACAGGCAUAUUGUAAGGAUCUGGGAAGUAACAGUAUCGGUACUUAAUUACAUACCACGUUCACAUGUAACACUAAACCAUGCAUAGACAAAUUUUAUCCCUCCAGAUGUUCUUGGACUGUAGUGCCCUUAGCCCUAGCUAGCAUAGCAAAGAGUUGGUGGAAAUUACGGUCCAAAAAUGUCUGUAGGACUGCCUCUGUGCUGAAAUGUGGUUUUAUGUGGACAAGCCUUUGCAACUUCCAAGUAAAUAGCUGCUUCUAUAUGCCUGUUUAUCUCUCCUCCACCUUUCCACAUUCACCAAUUUCUAGCCUGCCAUCAUGUACAAACUAGGCAGUGUCAGUGUCAUCAAUGUAUACAGAUCAGGCUUCUAUUCAGCUGCUAAACAAACCAGCUACAAAUGAUGGGUUAUUCAACUGGCUUGGUUGAAAAAAUAGAGCUUGAUCCUUCCUUUAGCAGGUGUUGGAGAAUGCAUGCCUGGGGUUUCACUUGGGUCAGAAAAAAGUUGUCCAUGUAACACUGAGUCAGGCUUUAAAGCAGAGGUGGGAAUUGGGUGGCCCUCCAGAUAUUGCUGAAUUACAUUUCCAAGCAGCCCUAGCAGUUACAGCUGAUGGUGAGGAAUGCUGCAAGGUGCACUGCAGGUUGAGUCUCCCUCAUCUGGAAUUCCAAAAUGUUCCAAAAUCGUCCACAUAGGUGGCCGAGAUAGUGACAACUUUGGUUUAUGAUGGUUCAGUGUACACAAAUGUCGUUUCAUGCACAAAAAUAUUAAUAAUAUUGUGUAUAAAAUUAUCUUUAGGCCAUGUGUAUAAGGUGUAUAUGACACAUAAAUGAUUGUCAUGUUCAAACUUGGGUUCCAGCUCAAAGGUAUUUCAUUAUGUAUAUGCAAAUAUUCCAAAAUCCAAAACAUUUCUGGCCUCAGGCAUUUUGGACAAGGGAGAAUCAACCUGUAACGCAUCAUCUGGAAUGCAGAAUAAUUCCCAUUUUUGGUUUAGUACUGUUUACAAAUUGGACCAUUUAGUCACAUGAAAAAUCAUUUCUAUGUACUAGCUGAACUUAUGCUUAUAGUAGUUUGUGUCCUAUAGUGUAUGAAACAUCAAAUCUUUACUUAUCUACACCAACUCUACCUUUUUUUAACAAACUAUGACGCUUUACAGACUGCCCAUUUGGGGCGGCCUGUAUGCGCUCCUUUCCCUGCUGGA